AUGGCAAUCAUCAGUUCUCAAAAUCGAACAUGUGCAAGUGAAACUCUUCUGGAGUCAUAUCGAUCUCCGAUCUAUACUCUACAAAUUAUAUUCAACUGUCUUAUUCCAAUUGCUUCAAUGUUUUUCUUGGGAAAAGCAACAUAUCAACUGUGCACUCAAUCUAUCAUACAGUAUUCUACAAGAGUUUUGCUUAUUACAACAAUUAUGUUUGCCGCUUGUCAUCAAGCUGCUUAUUUCAGUUUCAAAAUCGAUCUUCUCCACACAAUGCUCUUCAAACUAAGUGAUCCUUGUUUUCUCCAACGAUCUUCCUAUGAUUGUCGAUUCAUUUCUUUUGCAUCUACUGCUGGAAACUGUGGAAUGACGCUGACCCAAUUAGCCAUGUCGAUUGAUAGAGCAUUGGCAUUGACUUUCCCCAAAAGUUACUACAAAUUGAAAGCUCUUCCUGGAUACAUCAUGGCUUCUGUUGUGAUUGUUCUAAGUUUCUCCAUCUGGUUUCUUCUAACAAUAAAUGACCCUCUAACCGGUUAUCUCAAUCAUUGUGGUUUCUACCCAUCGUACUCUACUGCGAACUUUGAAAGUAUGCUUGAUGCUACUAUGGUAAUAGCAACUCUCAAUCUAUUCUUCGAUUGUGGAUUGAUGUACUAUGCAAGACAACAGAUACGUUGGAAACGAUCAUACCAAUUCUUGAAUCGAUUCGAAUCCAGAAUUUCAUUAAACUGCACCCAAGCAGUAUUCGUCAUAUCGGUCUGUGAAUGCCUGUCAUUUGCUGUUUCCUCAGGUCUUAUGAAAUUGCUCAUGUUUGUUGGAAAUUAUAUAUCAACAGUCACCUACUCCACGUUGCUUUCUCUGUUCUAUACUUCUCCAUACUCAUGUCUUCUUCUGCCAAUUCUGAUUAGUAAAGUUUUGGUGUAUAUCAAAAAUCAAAGAACAAUCGGAAUCCUUUCAUUGCGAAAUGAGAAGCAAGACCUGGAGGAGCAUCACAAGAGAAUGAAAAUGGCUUGGAAAUGA